AGCCUAUUUUACAAAUUUUACAAAUCAAAUAUAAAAUAAAGCAACAACAAAAAUUUUGGUAUUCAAAAAUCUGCAACUAAAACCUGUUUUUCAAAGUGCUCCAACACAACUGAUUCUAAAAAGAAGAUACCAAAUUUUAAGGCAUUCACCGCCACACUAAAAACGAAUAACCAGCGAUUUGCAUUUACAGUUCACAAAACAAAAAACCAUAUUAAGGAAGUAACAAUCGGACAACACAGAACGUAGUUUCUUUCCCGUGAACAAAACAGCUAGCGUCCUGAACGCCUCCUCCGAUGAGCAACACGGUCGUUUUGCCAGUCAAAGUGGCCACAGAAACCCUAUACCUCGGUGCUAACCACCUCGCUUGUGCCAACGUAACACACACAGUUGUUGUUGUAGCAGCCAACAACAUCGGCACAUACCGCCGCAGCUUUGGACAUUCAUACGCGGCACGUGCAGACCUCAAUUAUAGCCGUGUGUAAGACCCUAGUCACAGCAUAUUUGUGCCGUUACCAGCUAAAUAUCACUUGUGAAAUCAAUUCUAACUGAAAAUAAUCUGUAUUAUACAAUAUAAAAAAGAGGCUCUUAUCUUAGCAAAAACAAAAAAAAUCAAAUCAAAUAUCUUAAAGGAGCAAAGAAAAGUAGGAAUAUUAAGCAGCGUUUUAGGCGCUUAAACGUAUUUCUUUCGCUUUUGUAACCAGUAAGCUUCAAGACGGCCGGAACAAUGCUUAAAGUUGUCGGAGCAUCUUGGCAAAAAACUCGGAUAGGGACUUACAUCCUUAUCGGUGCUGGUUUACUUGUGAUCGGAGCUUUCUUCAUUAGCUACAUGGAACGUCCGAAAUAUAAUGGCACUUACUGUGCUACAGCAUUUUGGUCGAAACAGACGGGAUUUCACAUUGAAUACUGGAAACAGCAAAAUGAUCUUCUUAACAUUCCAAAGGGUGCUGCUAGAGUCUGCUACAAGGAUUCCAUCUAUGAGAAUGGUUGGGCGCAAAUAGAGGUGGAAACACAACGAACCUACCCCGACUGGGUACAGGCUUUCGGUGCUGGCAUUCUUGAGGGCUCUUUAACAUGGAACAACAUCUAUAAUCAAUGGAAGAACACCAUCGAAUCCUCCUGUAAUCGUGAUGAAAGUUCACAGAAUUUCUGCACUUGGCUGCGCGAGCUACUCGACGAGAAUUACAUGAGCAUCAAGGAGACGGCUUUGCAACGUGGCGAACAUGAUCACUACUGGCAUCAGAUCAGUCUUUACUUUAGACAACUUGAGGGUCUAGAGACUGGCUAUAUACGCGGCGCAUCACGUGCACGUUCAGAUCUCGAAGAGGAAAUACCAUUCUCCGAUUUUCUACUCUUGAAUGCAGCGGCCGAUAUACAAGAUCUUAAAAUAUAUUUUGAGAAUUUCGUAUUGAAGACCGAUAAUCAAACAGAUGCCGCUGCGCAGUCUAAGAAUACGGAAGUUGAAGUUGAAGACAAGGCAGCUGAUGCUAUUGCGGCAGCGGAAACCGGACCAAAGAACUUCUUUCUGCCAAGCGCUACAAUGCUAACGAAAAUCUUUCAAACCGGCGAUUCGCCAACAUGGCGUUUACUCUUCGGCCACAGCACCGCCGCUAGUUAUGCCUCAAUGUUGCGCAUACAGAAACGUUACAAGUUUCACUAUCACUUUUCGCCGAAUCAACGCUCGAAUACGGUGCCCGGCGUAGACAUCACAUUCACUGGUUAUCCCGGCAUACUCGGCUCCACCGAUGACUUUUACAUUGUUAAGGGACGUCAGGUGCAAUCAAUUGUCGGCGGUGUGGGCAUUAAGAAUGAGAAUCUCGACUUGUGGAAGACGGUAAAUGUCACGCAAGCGCUGCCGUUGGCGGCACGCGUCAUGGCCGCAAAUCGUAUUGCGCAGAAUCGACGCACCUGGGCGAAGGCAAUGUCACGUCACCCAUUCACUGGUUGUAAACAGUGGAUAACGGUGGACUUGAAUAAAUUGCGACCACAAGACAAUUUAUAUAUGACGCUGGCGGAAGAUGAAAAACACGAUGACGCUGCGUUGCCUUUGAACGCCGCCGAUGAAGCGGCCAUUAGUGAGCGUCACAAUCGCAAUAAGGGUUUGGUGUGGAUCGUGGAACAGUUGCCCGGACGCAUGCAUCUUAAGGAUGUGUCCGAGAAUUUCCUAACCGGUGAGAAUUCUACAUGGAUAGCCAAUGGUGUGCCGUACUUCGAUGAAAUGCUACAAGCCAGUGGCUUAAUGGCUGACAACACGUAUGACGAUAUGAAAGCCAAACUCGAAGAUGAGCUCACCAAUCUGGAGGCAGUCGAUCAGUUUAUGCGCAAGCACGGUUUCCGUGGCGAUCUGCUGGGUGAAGAGUCCGUGGCCUAUGGCAAUAUUGACAUUAAAUUGUUCUCGUACAAUGCGCAAAUCGGUAUUAGUGAUUAUCAUGCCUUCGCCGGUCCCAUAUUCAUACGGCUGCAGCAUGUACAAACGCGCGAGUCGGUGGCAAGUGUGGCCAGUGAGUCCACAGACAUUGCCUCCAAUUUGAAGGACGACCGUUUGAGCGUGAGCAUCGAUGAUGCGGCGCAGCUGGCCGAGUUGGAGCGCAUCACCGAUCGUCGUUCGGUGCGCAAUGACAUGCAAGCGAUCGCAAUGCGCGAGGCGUCGAGUGGUCCGUUCAAGUGGUCGGAGGUAGCGAAUCAUAUGUCGGAUGUUGAGCAUCAAGGUCACCCGGAUGAAUUUAACUUUGGCAAGGUGUCACCGAAGUGGGCGUGGUGAGCGGUGGUUAUGCCAAUCGAGUAGCAGUUUUUGUAUUUAAUUUUAUAGACAGCCAUACAUACACACAUACUCCUACAUUUGUAUAUACAUAAAUACAUACACACACACACACAUGCACGUGUGUGUUUUCAUUCUAAUUUGCCGGUGGAAUUUCGAACCAUUUUUGCAUUACGUUUUAAUUUAUUCGUUGGUGUGCUACCAAACUCCGUGUAAAAACCAAAACAAAUUUUUAUUUAGUAAAUUUUAUGAUUUCUAAAGAAUUCGUAUCGAUUGCUUCUAAGAAAAUUGUUGAGAUUUUUAGUCGUUUGUGAAAACUUGUUCGAUUUUAUUUUUAUAAAAAAAUAGUAAAUUGUGAAAAUUAUAUAACUUUAGUGCGUCCAUAGUCUAAAAAAAACAUAUAAAAAUUUAUAUUGUAAAGAAAGUAAAUAUUAGUCUUCCAUAGUGUCGUCCAUUUUAAGAUGUUCUUUUGUAUAAAUAAAAUAAGAAUGUAUUGCCAGUUGUGUGUACAACAUCGGUUUAAGAUUUCUAACUUUUAUACAGAGCAAUUGUGAGAAUAAAAAAUACAUAAAAAUAGAAAAUAAUAUAAAACAAAGAA